AUGGCCGACAUAACACCCACUUUCAGCACAUGCCUGAAGGACAAGGGCGCCAAACCCAUCUUACCCACCCAAUAUGACCUGAACAAGAUCAACACCUUCCUGCAAGAAGCACACAGCAUAAACGCUCGAAUCGCGGACCUGACGCGCGAACUACGUUCCAUACGACCUGCCUACCUCUCGACUGCACCGCCAACAAGAAGGAGGAACCAGGCUCAUGAAUCUCAUGACCAGUCGCGCCGCCCGUUGACGGACAGCGAAAGAGAAGCGAUCGAUGCCCAGUCUAAGCAGCUACUGCGGCAGCUGAAUGGUGGCAUUACUGGUCUGAAGCAGGCGGAGGAUGUGCGCAAUCAGACGGCGGACUCGGUGGCACUCUCAAAGCGGGCGCGAGGAGGAUUAGGUGCGCUAGGACGAUGGGCAGCAGGCGGCGCAGUGACGGCCAAGUCGCCGGAGGAAGAGCAAGAGGAGGCGGAGCGGAAGACGAUCGCUGCUGUGCGGGAGAGCAUUAUAUUGUAUCUGCAACGAAAGCUGGAGGAGGCUGGCAGGGUGCAAAGCGAGAUGAUGGAAGUGCGAUUGGGGAGGGAGGUGGAGAAGUCGAAGAGUGUGCUCUACAAGUCUAGGGUGUCGGGUGGAAUACCGUACGCUCAAGACGAUAACAUGGAUGCUAUGAACAUGCCUUCGUCGGCGCGGGGGACGAAGAAAUCACGGCCGCUGUCGGCAGAUCUCACGAACGGCACGCCGGGCCAGGACGAUUCCACAUUGUCGGAAGAGCAGAUACAGGCUUUCGAGACCGAGAACGCAGAUCUGCUCAAACACUAUGAAGACCAGCUCGACCAAGUUCGAACCGCUGAGCGAAGUAUCUUGGAGAUCAGCGAGCUACAUUCGACGCUCCAUGCGAAUUUGCAGCAACAGAGCGAGCACAUCGAUCAGCUCGUCCAGGAUUCUUAUCUCACGACUGAAAAUUUGGGCAAAGGCAACAAGGAGCUGAAGCGUGCCAGUGAGAGGCGAAGUACGGCACAGGCUGUGUUUUGGGGCACAGCUGGAUUUUGCACGUUCUUGAUCUUGUGGGAUUUUGCAUUCUGA